UGCAGUACAGCAAACAACAACAAAAAUAAAAACGUUAAAAGUGUGAGGGUCUUAUUCCAUCAACAAAAACAUGUCUUAUUUAACAAAUUUUAGGGCAUUUUUACUUGUCAUAAGCCUUUUACAAUUCACCACUAUGAAUUCCUGCAUUGAAAUGGGGUCUAACCUUGAGGUAUUUGCAUUUAUAAAUAAUUUAUUAAUUAUUAAUUAAAUGUUAACCUAAUAAAAUCAGUGUAUUUAUCAAAAACCAAGGUUCUCCUCCUUCAAGAGUAGCCUACACAAACUUUAAAGGGAUAGUUCACCCGGAAAUGAAAGUUCUGUCAUCAUUUACUCCCCCUUUUGUCAUUUCAAACCUGUUUAAAUUUUCUUUUCUUUUUUUCCAAACAACGGCGAUACCCAUUCACAUGCACUUAUGCACCAUACAGCAGAAGUGAAUGGGUAUCGCCAAAAUAUCUUAAUUUGUCUUCUGCAAAAGAAACAAUACAGGUUUGAAAUGACAAGAGGGUGAGUAAAUGAUGACAGAAUUUCCAUUUUGGGUCCCUGGAAGUUAUGUUAAUUCAGUUUCCGGGAUUGUGUGUUUUUUUAUUCAUAUUUUCAAAAAAUAAACAGCACUGCAUUACAAUAACAUAAAAGAAAAAAGACGCCUAGGAAAAGAAAAAAAGGAAAGCAUCUCAAUAAUGUUAUCAUACAUUUUUUUACAAAACGUGUUAUUCUUAUUGUUAUCAAUAAGUGUAAGACACUUUACAAUGAUCGAAAUCAAGAUCUAGGCAAAAUCUUUGAACAUAUUUCGAUUUUAAGAUAUGCACCUGGAACAUACAUAGUAUUUGCUAAAGUUUUGUACCCAACGCGCUGGGUAGGAUAAAGUAUGACUUACAAAAUAAGUGCAUUUAUUAAGAAAUAUUGGUUUUCAUCAUUUUACAUUUUGGGUAUUUUCUUUUGUGCAAUGUUGUGUAGUAAACGGCAGUCACUAACUUCACAUAAUAUCGCGAGAUCAUCUUCCCCGCAUUGUGACCACGAGGAAGAUCGAGCUUUUUGUGGGGUACAGUGAGAGCACGCGACAGGUCAUUUAAUACGCAGCUUCGAGAAAUAAACACAGCAAAGCUGUCACAUAUGGCGGAGGAUGCGUCAGAUGGAAGCGUUACAUGUCCGGUUUGCACAAGGGACUUUGAAGUAGGUGAAAUUAAUGCCCACUUGGAUGAGUGUUUACAGACCCACGUUAAGUCUCGUCAAGACGCGUUUGAUCAUGACACACCCGCACCACCGUCCAAAAUACCCCGGACCGACACGCGACCUGCUGCGUUCUUCUCCCUCUUUCAGUGCAAAUCCAAAGGCGCUGAUCACAAACACAAGCUUGAGUCGGUGCUCACGUGUACAGACACUGCAGAAGUGAAAGUGAUGGACCAACCUGAAUGUCCAGAUGCAGCAGCAUCCGCCUCAUCGACUUCGAAAACGUUCAUGUUGAACAACGAAAAGCCAUUGGCGGAUAGACUGAGACCCAGCACACUGGAUGAGUAUUUCGGGCAGAAUAAACUGAUCGGAGAACAGACCCUGCUCAGAUUUCUGCUGCGGUCACACGAGAUCCCAUCUUUAAUACUGUGGGGUCCACCCGGGUGUGGAAAGACCACCCUGGCCCACAUCAUUGCCAGUUCCGUUAAGAAGAAAGGCACAGGACGCUUUGUGACGCUCUCCGCCACCAGCGCGUCAACCAGUGAUGUGCGUGAGGUGAUCAAACAGGCCCAGAAUGAGCUCCGUCUGUGCAAGAGAAAGACCAUUCUGUUCAUCGAUGAGAUACAUCGCUUUAAUAAAUCCCAGCAGGACACUUUCCUCCCUCACGUGGAGUGUGGCACCAUCACUCUUAUCGGGGCCACCACAGAGAACCCAUCCUUUCAGGUGAACAGCGCCUUAUUGAGCCGCUGUAGGGUUCUGGUUCUGGAGAAGCUGUCAGUAGAGGCGAUGGGCUCGAUUCUGCGUCGGGCGCUUGACUUUCUUGGACUGCAGGUGUUACAGGAGAAUGCAGGAGAACAGCGCUCUUCAACACUCUGCUCAGAUCCUCAGGUGUUUGUCGAGCAGAAAGCUGUGGACACUAUAGCGCACCUGUGUGAUGGUGAUGCUCGAACUGGUCUCAACGGUCUCCAGCUGGCUGUGCAGGCGUGUGUUGCGCAGAUGCGCACCGGUUCCAUCGAACCCGACGCAGCUCCUCAACAGAUAAUAGUGCGUGAGCAACACAUUAAGGAGGGCCUCCAGAGAUCACACAUUCUCUAUGAUAAAGCAGGUGAGGAGCACUAUAACUGUAUCUCGGCCCUUCACAAGUCAAUGAGAGGUUCUGAUGCUAACGCUGCCCUCUAUUGGCUGGGAAGGAUGCUGGAGGGAGGUGAAGACCCGCUGUAUGUAGCUCGCCGACUGGUCCGGUUCGCUAGUGAGGAUAUUGGUCUGGCAGACCCUGUGGCACUCACUCAGGCUGUAUCAGCAUUUCAGGCCUCGCACUUCACCGGCAUGCCCGAAUGUGAGGUCAUUCUAGCCCAGUGUGUGGUUUAUAUGGCCAGAGCCCCUAAAUCUGUGGAGGUGUACAAGGCCUAUAAUAAUGUAAAGGCCUCUCUGAGAAACCACCAGGGCCCUUUGCCACCGGUGCCACUUCACCUACGUAACGCCCCCACCAAACUAAUGAAGAAUCUGGGCUAUGCUAAAGGAUACAAAUAUAACCCAAACUUCAGUGGCUCUGUGGAUCAAGAAUACCUUCCUGAGGAACUCUGUGGUGUGAACUUUUUUUAGCUGGACACCUACAAAUUCAUGAUUGACUUUUGCUUAACGCAAAAUACUUUGAAGGUUGCAGAUUUGAUUGUGUGUUGUUUACCUAUAUUUUGAACUUUUUGAAAAAUGGAGAUUGAUUUUGCUGUUAAUGUUUGAUAUUCUAGAAUUUUUAGAAAGAGUUGUAAUAAAAAUAUUUUGUUCUUUA